AUGUUCAAAGUGUCCCGCUACGCAUUGUCGCGGACUCUUUUACGACGGUUCACUCACUUGCGGUGCCGCGGAAUCUCUCCGUCAAGCUCUACUUUCACGGUGGCACUCAUCAAUACCCCAUCAUAUUCUGUACAAUCGGACACUGGUUCCCAUAGCAAUAUCGCAGAGAAACACGUACAGCUCAUGUUACUUGUGUGCUUUCUUUUAGCUAAAGGUUUUGCGCCAGCACAAAUCAUGGUGAUCUGUCUGUACCGUGAUCAAAAGCUCUGCUAUGCGAGCCAGACAGACGUCACGGUAUCCACCGUUGACAGCGCACAGGGAAAGGAAAAUUCUGUGAUCAUACUGUGUACCACACGCACAGAGGUGGAGCCAACAGCCGCGGCUUCCUUCUUCUCUGACGCGAGACGCCUCAAUGUCGCGCUCUCCCGUGCAAAAGACGGUAUGUUCAUUUUGGGUUUCCUCCCCUGCCUCCGGAAGGCAGCUGUAUGGAACAGAGUG